GUGUGGCCACGUCAUUGAGGUGAAAGUGGGUGGAGGAGACGUACAGGAGUGCAUUAUAUAAGUUGGUGUUUUUAAGAGGCUACCAUAAUUAAAUGCUAAUUUUGUAAAACAACACAUUCCUAAAAAUAAGCUCAGAUACUGAGUUUCCAAUGGGGCUUGUAUUAAUUUGAAUUGAAUUGUAGAGGUCUGUCUAAUAAAGUCUGUGAUGCCUAUUGGCGUAUACUCUGCAGAGAAUAAAACACCAUGAAAUGGCUUGUUUUGUACAAUGGAACGUUUUAAAGAAGAUAUGUUUCAUUUUUCGUAAUGCACCAUGACUUUUCUUUUGUUACAUGUGACGGACACUAUUUCCUUAUUUAACCCACUUCUUCUUUGCACGGUUAAUAUAUGGUUACGGGCAUACUUUCACUUCAUGGUAUUUUUUAUAUAUAUAUUUACAUGUGUGUGUGAUAGUAGUAUUUUCCCUGCCAUUACGCGUUUUUACUGCAGAACGUGAAGCGUGAGAUCGCUCCAACGAGCCGUGUCUCGUUUUCCUACAGCUGCACCGACCAAUCAAAUCGCGGAAUGUCGCCUACGUCAUUCUUUUCUAUUAUUCAGUGGGCGUGAGGAGGAGAUUUGAACUUCGAAUCACGUCGAUCUUUUGCUUCCACCAAUGCAGCAGCCGUGGUCUGGUCUGCCGAGCAGCACAGACUUCACUUGAGCUCGGAUAUUUAGCUAGUGGACAACAUGUCAUUCAUUCUAAUGAAGAAAAAAAGGUUUAAAUUUAAAGUAGACUUCCACUUGGAAGAGCUGUCAUCGAUUCCCUUCGUAAACGAGGUUUUAUUCUGCAAAAUCCGCCUCCUGGAUGGAGGCUUCGCCGAAGAGUCGUCUCGGGAGCCGGUACAAGCCAACUGUGUGCACUGGAAGAGGAGGUUCUCAUUCAUUUGUAAGAUGAGUGCCAAUGCUGGGACAGGUGUACUGGACCCGUGUGUGUGCCGGGUGUCUGUGCGCAAGGAACUCAAAGGUGGAAAAACCUUUGCAAAGCUGGGCUUUGCAGAUCUGAACCUGUCUGAGUUUGCUGGGUCUGGCAGUACCACACGGCGGUGUCUACUAGAGGGAUAUGACACAAAGAAGACCAGACAGGACAACUCAAUUCUCAGGGUUGUCAUCACCACACAGCUCAUGGUCGGAGACCCCUGUUUUAAAACUCCUCCAUCUACAGCCAUGACUCUGGGAAUCCCACAGGCAGAAGCAGAGUGUCUUCUAGAAGACAGAAAGGGAGGGGACACAUCUUGUGUCAUCACCGAAACUCCAAAAAAGUCAGUAUCUGUUCCAGAGGAGCUGGUUGCAUGUGGCCACUCCAGAACAAAUAGUUAUGCAAGUCAGCUGUCAAAAAUCUCAGGUUACAGCUCCAAUCACUCGAGUUUAACAGAUUUGAGCCAUCGGAGGAGCGCUUCAGGGGGCUCUGCCUCCACAGGCAUUGGAAGCAUCCUGGAACCCGGUGAUCAGCAGACAGAGAAAGGAGAGAGGGAGAGCAGGACCACUCCCCCAGUCUCUGCAAGCUGUCACCAUGCAGCUGAACACCCCUCCACUCCAUCCAAGGCUCCACGACAUCUAGUGAAACAGGACUCCAUGGAGAACCAGUUGAAGAGAGUCAAUGCCACAAGGGUUGACGCUGAUGACAUAAUAGAGAAAAUCCUCCAGAGCCAAGACUUCAGUCGUGAUUUCAUGGAUUCGAGUGCAGAGGAGGAGGGGCUCAGCUUGUUUGUUGGUCCUGGUGGGAGUACAGCCUUGGGAAGCCAGCACACGAGGGUCGCAGCCGGAAUAUUCGAGCAGGUGGUGAUCAAGCGCUAGGCUUUAGGAAGCAUGUGAAUGUUAUAAUGGGUGCCGUAUUACACUGAUGCAGCGAACUCAAGACUGAGUGGCAGAGGUGUCACAACUUGCUCCCACCACUUUGGAGGAGAUUUCUCUUAUGCAAUCCCUUUCGUCUGACCUAGAGCUUCUGUUGAUCAGGAGAGCCCUCUUGUGUCUAAGAAGUGGCGUUGAAGGUUCCGUCAUCACAACAUCUUAGUGGUUGUACUGACAUUUUUUUUCUGUUUUUUGCUCUAUAAAAACAUUAUAUAAAAUAUAUACAAGUAGAGCAUAUCCAGUGAAAUUUACCUCAAUGGUUACAACACCACUGGUUGUCAGUAGCUCUGGCACUUCAAAGAUACGCCUUCAUUCACCUGGUUGUGAAGAGGAUGGUUGACUUUUCAAUACCAUAUUAUUAUAAUAUAUAAUAUAUAUUUUGUUAACUUUGUAUUAUACAGUAUACAUGUUAUAUGUGUCUAUGUAUGACGUAUGUAAUGUUACUUUAUUAUAUGUAGUUUUAUUUGUUUUAUGUAUUCAGCAUUACCUGUAUCAACCCUAUUUUUGAUCUUUCAUUUUGAAGCUAUGGAAUGUUGCUGUAUUUAUAAAAAAAUAAUUGCAGUCUCUUAAACAAAUAUGUUGUAUUGUAUGUAUGUAUGUCUCUGCUCUUUUGUAAAAAAGAGAUGUAUGGAUGAUUUCAUGCAGAAAUAAAAAGGAACAAAAGAAAUGA